AUGAUUCGUGUCCCUCUGAGAGCAUUGUCAAGUCGACUUGGUAAUGGUACAGGACUUGGUAAUGGUUCUGGACUUGGUAAUGGUACAGGACUUGGUAAUGGUUCUGGACUUGGUAAUGGUUCCGGACUUGGUAAUGGUACAGGACUUGGUAAUGGUACAGGACUUGGUAAUGGUUCUGGACUUGGUAAUGGUACAGGACUUGGUAAUGGUUCUGGACUUGGUAAUGGUUCGGGACUUGGUAAUGGUACAGGACUUGGUAAUGGUACAGGACUUGGUAAUGGUACAGGACUUGGUAAUGGUACAGGAAUUGGUAAUGGUUUAGGACUUGGUAAUGGUACAGGACUUGGUAAUGGUUUAGGACUUGGUAAUGGUACAGGACUUGGACUUGAUAAUGGACCAGGGUUUGAUAAUGGACCAGGGCUUGAUAAUGGACCAGGUCUUGAUAAUGGAUCAGGACUUGAUAAUGGAUCAGGGUUUGAUAAUGGACCAGGGUUUGAUAAUGGACCAGGGCUUGAUAAUGGACCAGGGCUUGAUAAUGGACUAGGACUUGAUAAUGGACCAGGGUUUGAUAAUGGACCAGGGUUUGAUAAUGGACCAGGGCUAGAUAAUGGACCAGGGCUAAAUAAUGGACCAGGGCUUGAUAAUGGACCAGGGCUUGAUAAUGGACCAGGGCUAGAUAAUGGACCAGGGCUAAAUAAUGGACCAGGGCUUGAUAAUGGACCAGGGCUUGAUAAUGGACCAGGGCUUGAUAAUGGACCAGGGCUUGAUAAUGGACCAGGGCUUGAUAAUGGACCAGGGCUAAAUAAUGGACCAGGGCUUGAUAAUGGACCAGGGCUUGAUAAUGGACCAGGGCUUGAUAAUGGACCAGGGCUAAAUAAUGGACCAGGGCUUGAUAAUGGACCAGGGCUUGAUAAUGGACCAGGACUUGAUAAUGGACCAGGGGCUUGA